ACAACCGGAUUACAACAAGGAGGAGCUGUCCAUAGAGAGAAGUGCUGAAAUACUCCCGUUACUUCUUCAGCACGAAACGGACACACAGCAUGGAGGCCGGAGCAAGACGAAUGCACAGGAAACUUUUGAUACUUUCCUGUCUCUUGGCGAACGGUAUGAGCCAGGACUUUGGACAGACCCAGUUCAUUUGCACGUCCGUGCCCAAGGAUAUGGACAUAUGCGCCGCCACACUGCAGAACAGCGUACCCGGCGAGGAUCUGAAGAGCACGGUCAUGCAGCUGAGAGAGACGGUGUUGCAACAGAAAGAAACAAUCAUGAACCAAAAGGAAACGAUCAGGGAACUGACAUCCAAGUUGACGCGAUGCGAGAGUCAGAGUGCGCCCGAGCCCGGAGACACCAGGGUCGGGGGGCGGCGGAAAGAAACGGGCACUAAGAACACGAUGGGAGAUGUGUCGAGGGGUCCGACGGAUACACUGGCUCAACUUUCGCAGACUUUACAGUCCCUCAAGCAGAGGCUGGAAAACCUGGAGCAAUUCAGUCGGAAUAACAACUCCGUCCAGGCAAACAGCCUAAAGGAUCUUCUGCAGAACAAAAUUGACGACCUGGAGAAGCAGGUCCUGUCCCGAGUGAACGGACUGGAGGAGGGAAAGCCCGGGAUGCGCAACGAGAGCGAGCAGCGCGGGCGCGUCGAGUCGACUCUCACCUCACUGCAGCAGAGAAUCACAGAUCUAGAGAAAGGUAAACAGGAAAACAGACCCCUGGAUAAAUUUCAGCUGACAUUCCCACUGAGGACCAACUACAUGUAUGCUAAAGUGAAGAAGAGCCUGCCGGAGAUGUACGCCUUCACAGUGUGCUUGUGGAUCAAAUCCAACGCCUCUCCAGGAGUGGGGACGCCUUUCUCUUAUGCAGUGCCUGGUCAGGCCAAUGAGCUGGUGCUCAUCGAGUGGGGAAACAACCCGAUGGAACUGCUCAUCAAUGAUAAGGUUGCCAAGCUGCCUUUCCUCAUCAAUGACGGUAAAUGGCAUCACAUCUGUGUCACUUGGACCACCCGAGAUGGAGUGUGGGAAGCUUACCAGGAUGGCGUAAUGAGGGGAAAUGGGGACAGUCUGGCUCCGUAUCAUCCAAUCAAACCACAGGGGGUCCUGAUUCUGGGACAAGAACAGGACACUCUCGGCGGAGGCUUCGAUGCCACUCAAGCGUUUGUCGGCGACAUGGCGAAUUUCAACAUUUGGGAUCGAAAGCUGUCCGUGGGAGAGAUUUAUAACUUGGCCACCUGCAGCAGCAAAGCACAAGUGGGGAACAUCUUCUCCUGGUUGGAAACCAACAUUGAGAUCUACGGAGGGGCUUCGAAAUGGACAUUCGAGGCCUGUCGCCAGCUGAACUGAAAAAAAGCACAGAAAUCUCGAAACCAGUGAGAGAUACGAGUUACCAGGUCUUUGUUGUCCAAUCAUUCACUUUCAGAGAACAUUUUAAAACAAGUACAAUCAUGGACAUCGGUAUCGUGGGGGAUUUUCUAGGUGUUUCAACAAUUCUCGUCUCUUAACAUUUCUCCGUUUUUCUCUCUUCAUUUUUGGAUCUUGAAGGCAAAAGCUUGAGUUGCUGAUAGAACUAGACGCCGUGUUUUUGCUCUCCUCCGGUCCUCUUUCGAGCAAUCAACGCCAUACCGGAAAACUACUUAACGUGAUACGGCACAUACAUCUCGGCGAACCUGGAUCAUUUGACCCUUCUCCCUCCCUUCUCGCAGGAAGCCAUACUGUAUAGUCGAUGUCCGAAACCACUUAAAUUCCUUCUUGCCCAUCAGGAUUAUUAGAUAGAUCUACCCACUGCCUGGGAUACUCACUGUGAACUACGGAUGUAGAAUGUAAAACAAGCAAAGACGAGUACAAAAUUAUGUUCUUCUGUUUUUGUUCUUCUUUUGCUUUUUCUUGUGGUUUAAUUCUGUCGUUUCACCUCCUGCUUGAAGCAUUUUCGUUGGUUGGCGUGUGUGCGUUUACGUGUGUGUGUGUGUGUGCGCGUUUGUAAAAUAAAACGUAAUAAUUGCCAACACAUUUCAAGCCUGGGUGCCUUGGGCUGUUGAAAAAGAUCAAAAUUCGACACAUUCGUCAUUUUCUGCUGUGUGCUUCUAUUUAUCUAUUUCUUUCCUUGUGUAACUACCGAUUUGAACGUUAUGUUGAUUACACCUCGUAACAAUUCAGCUGGCCGGUGAGAUGAGUUAUUGUUCAUUUCAAGUCAUGGCGUGUUCGGCAGGUGUUUGUAUUGUUCAAGGAAUGUUACGUGUACAGAAAACAGCAUGAUCAUCGAAAUGCUGCAACAGCAUCAAUGAAAAUCAGCUUUUAUUAGCUCAUUUUGGGUUGAGAUUUUAUACUGUAUUGUUAUAUGCUAAAAGCAUGGCAGCACUGAAAGAUGAAAAAAGGUCUAAUUUUUGUAAUAAAAGUUGUUAUAUCAAAAAGA